GGCCUCCCGCAUGUACGCCUCCUAACCUCCUUCCAUCACGACGUCGUCCGUAUCCAUAUAUUAUCAUCUCGUUCGCUGUUGUCGCCGUUGUUGGGCUCAAGGGGGGCCCCAAUGUCGACCAUUUAUCUCCCACUGGAGCCAUCGUCGUCGCCGUUGCCUUCAAGUCCGAACUUUCUGACACGGUCACGCGAACCUGAUGCUCAUGUUCGGAAAGUGAUCAAGAACAUUCUCAAGGCGAAACGCAUCGCCGUCGUUUGUGGUGCUGGAAUUUCCGUCCAAGCUGGCAUCCCUGAUUUUAGGUCUUCGGAGGGCUUGUUUCAAAGUUUGAAAAAGGACAACCCGACGUUGGCUUCCGGAAAGGACUUGUUCGACGCUUCAGUAUUUAAUUCAGAAGCAACUACAUCACUAUUUUGUCAAAUGAUCGCUCAACUCUCCGAACUCUCCAAAUCGGCAUCUCCAACUGCUUUUCACAAACUCCUGCGUGCAUUGGACGACAGGGGACGCCUGCUACGUGUCUACACGCAGAAUAUUGACGCUCUGGAGUCAAAGACGGGUCUAACAUUUGGCGUCCCUGAACUUGACAGCGGAAAACGAUUCAAGCCAAGAUCUUCCAAAGGAAAAGCGGAUACAAGUUCUAUAAAUUCAGACACGAGUAUCACUACUACGCUAGAGACUCCAUGUAACGGAGGCACGGUAUCGGACACGAGGUACCUGCCUGAGAACGUUGCAUCGACAAGUCGACUUCCAUCCCCUCCUGUCGAAACUCCUCGUUGUAUUCCUUUACACGGAACCCUCCAAGCCAUGCACUGCCAAGUCUGCCAACACUCCUUCCCGCUUGAGGAACACCUCGAGUCUCUUACAUCAGGUUUACCGCCAUACUGCCCAGAAUGUACCGCUCUCGAAGAGACGCGACAACUCAUAGGUAAGCGAUCACGCGGAGUGGGCAAGUUGAGGCCUAGCGUCGUGUUGUAUAAUGAAAUCCAUAAAGAUGGGGAAGAAGUGGGGGAGGUUGUAAGGAGAGAUUUGGUAGGGAAUUCGAAAGGGAAGGGGAGGGCGGGCGCAGAUUUGUUACUUGUAGUGGGGACGAGCUUGAGAGUGCCAGGGACGAAGAGGAUUGUUAGAGAGUUCUCAAAAGCCGUUAGGUCCCGCUCGGCGCCGUCAUCCACCGCGUCAACUUCGUCGCAAUUCGGUUCUUCUUCCCACAACAAUGGAAAUGCAACCACUUCCCGAACCACAGGUCUAGCAACACCCACACCAUCACCGCGACGCACACCAACCAUAGACGACGAACCACCCGUCAAGACGAUUUAUCUGAAUUUCGACUUCCCACUGCCAUGUCGGGAUUGGGAAGGCGUUUUCGAUGUCUGGCUUCAUGGUGACGCCCAGACCUUUGCAAGACUGGUCGAGGAGGAGUUCGAGAAGGAAGAAAGAGCAAAAGAGGAGAAAAGUGAGAGGAAGAGGUUGAGGGAGGAGGCUGCUGAGGCAAAGCGAGUGAGAGAGGCGGAAGAGGAGGAGCAGAGGAAGAGGGCUGAGCAGGAGAAGUUGAAGAAGGGAAAGGGUGCGAAGGGAAAAAGCCAAGGGAAGAAGACAUCGGCGAAGAGUAAUGUUGCGGCCAAGGGUAAGAGUGUGGAUGUCAAAUCGAGAGGGAACAAGAGAAAGAGUGCACCCGAAGACGAACCGCCAUCCAAGCCUGCGAAGAGACACAAAGUACAAACUACCAUUCCCUCGUCCUUUCGAGCGGCCAAAACAAAGCCCACGAAUCCGAAGUCGAAGUCAACCAAGGCCCUCAAAGGUGUCAAACCACUGACGAUCAAGAUUCCACCCCGUCCUCGGUACUCCUACAUCACUCCGCCGAAUUCUCAAGGUAUACACUGGGUACCUGAGGUAGUUAUCAAACCCAAGGCUUCUCAUCUCCCCCGUGCAGCUCUUCUGGAAAGAGCCCUUUCUCCCUUCUCCCCCAUAUCACCUAUCUCACCUAUGUCUCCUAUGUCCCCCGUAUCACCUAUGUCUCCCAUAUCCCCCAUAUCCUCAAUGUCCUCAAUGUCAUCCAUGUCUUCGCUCUCGACUACACCGGGAUCUCCUCUCUCACCAUUAUCUUCGCCUGCGCUGUCUGGUGAACGCCAGGAUAGUUCAGGAUACUUUUCACCACCCAAUUCGCAGACUGGUAUUGGGACGAAAGUGGAAUGGUUGUAUGGGAGUGAACUGAGUGAGUUAGAUCUGGAUGCGGGGGAUGUUGAGGAAGACAUCGAUGUUGUAGGUGACGGCCAUAGUGUGGAUGCUGGGGAAGAUGUGAAGCUUGCGCCAGCGUUGCAUGUGUCGCAGGAACCUCGAGUUAGUAGGUCAUUGCGAUAUGAUCUUCGACCUUCAAUGCCAGCAGCCUCAGCAAGUGCGAUAGGAUGACGGCAACGUUGUCUUUGCCCAUGAACGUUCGACAUUGCAUAUUAAACAUAUUUUGAACAGUUGUUAAACUGAUUCAUUGUCGCCCCGACUCUCAUUGGACACUGCCAACUUCGCAGAACAUAAACUUGCAUGAUCAGCUUCACCUGUAUUGUUUGGUUUGUAUAUUUAUCCCUAUUGUUUGUAUAUAUUCUAUAUUAUUGUACCUGCCUAACCUCUAAUAUUCACUGUCUAUCCUCGCGACU